UAUAUUUAGACCUUGUUUAUCAAAGUAAAAUGACUUCCAGCAUUAAGCUGGAAGCAGCCUGACACAUGGUCCUGGGGAUAAAAAUACUUCACAGGAGAAGUUUAUUUGGAGUAUAGUUGGUACCAUGGCUUCCAGUCAGUUACAGCACGAAGCCCCCAGUCUGGACGUCAGCGCUUCUUCCGAAUUGGACCCGGCUGACGUGCGCGUCUGCGGGCCUUCGGAGGAGCCGCCGCAGGGAGACGUGCCUGAGACGGUUCUCCAGGUGCAGACGGAGUGCUUCCUCGUCAGCCGGCGGAGGCUGGCCAGCCUGAGCCCUUACUUCCAGGCUCUGUUCUACGGGGGGGGCCAGGAGAGCAGCCGCAGUCACAUCGAGAUCAAAGGGGUGGCCCUGGAGCAGUUCCGCGUCCUGAUGCAUUUCGCUCGGACUUCCGAGCUGCCCCUGGACAGGGAGAAUGUGCUGGGGAUCCUGCAGGCGGCUGACUUCCUUCAGCUGUCGCAGGCGCGGCUGCUCUGCUGUAAGUUUCUUGAGCGCGAGCUUCACCUGAGCAACUGCAUGGGCAUGAUGGCGUACGCCUGGCAGCUGGGCUGUCUGGAAUUGUACACGGCGGCGCGAAACGUCGCGCUCAGCCACUUGCCCGCCCUUGCAUGCGAGGAGGACUUUCUGUAUCUGACGAAGGAGAGUGUGGCCAGCCUCCUUUCCAGCGAGGACUUGUUUCUGCCCCGGGAAGAUCUAGCCUUUGAAGUGAUCCUGCGAUGGGCGACCUUUGACCCCAGCCGUGAGGAAGACUUCCUGGAGCUAGCUGGUCUCGUUCGACCCGAGUGCCUCUCCCUACCCUACAUCAACGAGAUGCUGACAAGCGUCAAGGGCUCCGAUCCCCGGGCCAGACUCAUAUGUAAACUAGAUGCACACCCACCCGCAAGCUGGACUGUUCCCCGGCCAAGCCCUCGAACCCGAGUAAGAGAAACACUCUACAUCCUCGGUGGCCCCCAUGAUCACGAUGAGCAGAGCCUGUUCCAGUUCCAUCCUCGCUGUGGGAUGUGGCAGUCCUGUGCGCCCUUCCGAAAGAAGAACCUCACCCAGUUUUCAGUGGCUGCUGUAGGUGAGAACAUGGUGGUGACUGGCGGUUAUUUCCGCGACGAGGUUGUCUGGUACAGUGUGGACUGGGUGCUUGUUUUCCGGUGCAGCAGUGGCACUUGGGUGGACGGACCUGCACUGCAAAAGUCCCGCCACAGCCACUGCUCGGUGGGCCUGGGGGACGAAGUGUUCGUUCUGGGUGGCAGCAUGGAUGAGGGGCUCGUGCCUGAUGUGGAGAAGCUGCUGGUGGGGGCGGGGAGCUGGGGGAGCGUCAGCGCCAUGGUGCGAGCAGUGGAGAGAGCAGCCACAGUCUCCAUGGAGAACUGCAUCUACGUGGCUUGUGGCUUAGACGAGAAUGGGGAGGUAUACAGUGGCAUUCAGAGGUACCAGCUGGAGACUGACCAAUGGGACGUUGUCUCCUACUCCCCUCUUCCAAGGUAUGAUCUUCAAGCAACAGUGCUCAAUGGCGCCAUCUAUCUCUUUGGAGGUCAAGCCUUACGCCUGGAUGUGAAGACCGACGAGUGGACCAUUCUGGAUGAAGCAUGUCUAGAGAGGAAGUUCUUCACGGGGGGGACAACUUCCAGUGGGCAGAUCUUCCUACUGGGGGAGCGGAAGGGAAACAAAACGCUUCCCAAUAUGAUACUGCUGGAUCCCUACACAGACACCUGUAUGGAAAUAGAUAAUGAGAUUCCCUGCCCUGUUCCAAUCCGCGGUUGUGUCACAGUUCGGUUCUGUAGUUGAUUUUGGAUGGUAUCAUCAAUGUACCAUUGUACCUGUACAGUUACCAUAAGUAGGCCUACAAGUUUACACUAGACUCUCCACAUACGUUACACUCUAGAUCUGUUGUUUGAUACGUACAUUGAAAUGCAUGUUCAUAAUCCUUCCAGUUUAUUGGUAUCAGACAUACAUGCAUUAAGUUUUGUUAAAAUAUGUUCUUUGGUAACAGGAGAGACCACUUACCAGUGUUUGGGAUGCUUUGCAUACUGUAAGUGGCUAAAAUUAGCUUGGUCAUAUGAUAUUAAAAUAUUAUGGUAAGAGAACUCAUGACAGUUGGCACAGAGAAGCUAUUUUCAGUAUGAACUUGGCAGGAAAAACACCAUCAAAAAGAAGUAAAGUUAGAUAUGUAUUUCCAUUGAGUGGCGCUCGUACCAAAAGUAACAGAAUUUAUGUUUGAAUUUUUUUACUUAGUACAGUAAUUCUUUUUUCAAAAUUGUUUGUUUUUAUUAUAUGAUUGAGAAUUUGUAUUCAGUGGGUAUAGAAUAUAAUGUAACUUAAUUCAAUGCAUUUAAUUUGGAUUUUAUAAUACAAAGUGUAUAAAAAUUCCAUCCAUCCAUCUUCAGAACACAUCCCUGGCGAGAAUGGGGCUGAAUCUUCCAAUUCAGCUUUAACUGCUGCACAUGCAUCCAUAGAACAACAUGGCGGAGGGGUAGGAAGUGAGUUAAAUUCACGUUGGAUUUCAGAGUGUUUACAUGAAUAAUGCCGGAUCUCGUCAGGCUUUCAGCAAACACAGUAGGGAGAAAAUGUCUUUGCACUAAAUGAUUUCAGUUACAAUUUCAUUUGGCUCAUGAAAUGAUUAUGAUAUGGUGCACUGGAGGAAUACUCCCAACUGUCUAUAUUGCUCAUAAAGCUGAACAUAAACCUGAA